UUUACAUUUUAGAAAUAGAUAGAAAAUAAGUACAUAAAUUUAGAAAUAAAAAUGGAGAAAUUGAGUACAUUAUGCAACCGGAUCACAAAUUCAUCCUCAUUAGCCGUAGGAAUUGUGUUCUUUACGCUGUUGACUGACUGUAUUUUAUAUGGUAUAAUUGCUCCAAUUUUGCCUGACAUUCUUAAAGAUUUGGAUCAAAAUGUUGGAAAAAACAAAACCACUGGAACAAUAUUAAUCAAUGAAUCCAAAGUUGAGGUGACACUGGUAAAUUCAAGUUGUUCGUUCGCAUACUUCAAUACGGGAAAACAGGACGUCAUCAUUGGAUUCAUAAUUGCCCUAAAAGAGAUUUCCCAACUCUUUUCAAACUUUAUCGUGGGACCGGUAAUUGAUAAAAUCGGAUAUGAUAUUGUUAUGUUUAAUGGCUACAUCGUCAUGAUGACUUCAACCUUGGCAUUUGCAUAUUGGAAUACAUAUCCCGGAGUGUUCAUCGCGCGCGCGCUUCAAGGAAUUGGUUCGGCUAUGGCAACAACUGGUGGUAUGACUUUGAUUGCAGAUAUGUUUCGUGAUGAUGAAGAGAGAGGGAGAAUGCUUAGCUUUAUUCUCUUUGGAAUGACUAUGGGAUUUGCAAUUGGCCCGGCACUAGGUGGAGUUUUAUAUCAAUUUGGAGGCAAACCUGCUCCAUUUCUCGUAAUAACGGCGAUGGGGUUUAUACUUUUGAUAUUGCAAUUGUGUACUAGACGAAUGCGUCGUUCUGACUUUAAAGGAACAAGCAACAAUUCGUAUAAAAAAUUACUCAUGGAUCCGUAUCUGCUAUUGGCAUGUUCAACUAUAAUUUUCGGGCAAUUUACUAUGGCUUCACUUGCAUCGGUUUUACCUAUAUGGAUGAAAAGAACAAUGUGUGCAGAAGACUGGAUGUUGGGAGCAGCGUUUUUGCCAUUGAACGGAGGUUACAUGGUGAUUAUAGCUAUACUUGGAUGUUUGAAUUUUACAAAACGAAGAUGGAUACUCAAUUUUCUGUCGUUUUUCUUUGCUGCAAUAUCUUCUUCAACUUACCCUCUAUGCAAAAGUUUCUACGACUUAUUCGGGCCAGGUUUGAUCCUCGGAAUUUCGGGUGCAAUGAUCAGUACAUCGGCAUAUCAAAUAUUAGGAUAUUUAGCUGAUAAAAGACAUGGACCUUCAUUUUACGGGAGUGCGUACGCCCUUGCCGACGCUGCUUACUGCGCUGUCUUUGCAGUUGGGCCCAUGGUUUCGGGCGCAUUAGUACCUGCUGUGGGAUUUUCUGUAUGCAUGUAUAUACUUACUGGAAUAUCUAUUCUGGGCAUACUACCUUCUCUAUUUCUCCGAAAGCCUCUUUCACAAGAAUACAAAAAGGACAACGAAAGCGACCGUCUCAUUGAACAAAAGGAUGAAGCACGCUCAACUGAAUAAAUUUUAGAUUUUUUCUGUCCCGUUUCUUGAUAAUUCCUAUCAUUAGCUCGAAAAGCUACAUUUAUUGAACUUUUAAAGGUUUUAUACUGGCUUUAUGCAAAAAUAUUUUUAAAUACAUUUGCAUUGAUCGAACUGUUCUUGGUUCCUUCCCAUCAGUAUCGGAUAUUCACAUCAACUAUCUUUCGAAACUAUCUGACAUCAUCAUCAGGUGCUAAUAAGACUCAUUUAAUUGCACUUUUUAUUAGAUUUUGCUUCGACUACGGACAAUAGAAAAGUUAGUAUUGAAUAAACAUGUUUAAGGAGUACGACGAAUUUUUUCAAAACGCAAUACCAAGCAUUGAUAUACGACAUUCUAAAUCUGGUUUCCAAACUCCCAUUGUAAAAUCCAAUAAAUCAGUUUCUUAUGCAACUUAUAAAAUGAAAAAAAAA